UGACGUCUCCGCAUUUGUGGGCCGCCGACGCAGGGCUGGGUUUCCAUUUUCAGAGCGAGUUUCGGGGGGGAUCGUCAACAUGGAGCCGGAGAUGGAGGACAAAACGUUGGAAUUAAUGAACACGUCAGGGAUGGAGUCACAGAACCUUGUAGAUGACCUGUCGCCAAAGAAGAACACAGUUCUCAAGCUAAGUAACGGCCCAGUGACGGGGUCCCGUAAGCGUCCAUCUGAGGGCAACUAUGAAAAGGAAAAGGAGCACUGCAUUGCCCUCUUUGAUCAGUGGUCUGAAGCUGACCAGGUAGAGUUUGUGGAGCACCUGAUAUCUCGCAUGUGCCACUACCAGCACGGCCACAUCAACUCCUACCUCAAACCCAUGCUGCAGAGGGACUUCAUCACAGCGCUACCAGCCCAGGGCCUGGACCACAUAGCAGAGAACAUCCUGUCCUUCCUGGAUGCGCGCUCGCUCUGUUCAGCAGAGCUUGUGUGUAAGGAGUGGCAGAGGGUCAUCUCCGAGGGAAUGCUGUGGAAGAAGCUCAUUGAGCGCAUGGUCCGUACCGACCCACUCUGGAAGGGCCUGUCUGAGAGACACCAGUGGGAGAAGUACCUGUUCAAGAAUCGCACUACAGAAAUCCCACCCAACUCCUACUAUCACUCUCUUUAUCCGAAGAUUAUUCAAGACAUAGAGACUAUUGAGGCUAACUGGCGGUGUGGUAGGCACAACCUUCAGAGGAUCCAGUGUCGCUCAGAGAACAGUAAAGGUGUCUACUGCCUCCAGUAUGAUGAUGACAAGAUCAUCAGCGGCCUUAGAGACAAUUCCAUCAAGAUCUGGGAUAAGCAGUCUCUGGAGUGUCUGAAAAUACUGACCGGUCACACAGGCUCAGUGUUGUGUCUGCAGUAUGAUGAGAGGGUCAUCGUAACCGGCUCCUCUGACUCAACUGUCAGGGUGUGGGAGGUGACAUCAGGUGAGGUACUGAACACUCUGAUUCACCACAAUGAGGCGGUGCUUCACCUGCGCUUCGCCAAUGGCCUGAUGGUCACCUGUUCCAAGGACCGAUCCAUCGCUGUGUGGGAUAUGGCUUCGCCCACUGACAUCAGCCUCCGCCGUGUCCUUGUGGGACACCGUGCUGCCGUCAACGUGGUGGACUUUGAUGACAAGUACAUUGUGUCUGCCUCAGGAGACCGCACCAUCAAGGUAUGGAGCACCAGCACCUGCGAGUUUGUGCGCACUCUAAAUGGCCACAAGCGGGGCAUUGCCUGUCUGCAGUACCGAGAUCGCCUGGUGGUUAGCGGCUCUUCUGACAACACCAUCAGGUUAUGGGACAUAGAGUGUGGUGCUUGUUUGCGGGUCCUGGAGGGUCAUGAAGAGCUGGUGCGCUGCAUUCGUUUUGACAACAAGAGGAUCGUCAGUGGAGCUUAUGACGGUAAGAUCAAAGUGUGGGACCUUCAGGCAGCCUUGGACCCACGAGCGCCUGCUAGCACCCUAUGUCUGCGUACACUAGUGGAGCACUCGGGUCGUGUGUUCCGUCUGCAGUUUGACGAGUUCCAGAUCAUCAGCAGUUCCCAUGACGACACCAUUCUGAUCUGGGAUUUCUUGAACGUCUCAACCAAUGGGCAGCCAGAGGGACGGUCCCCCUCCCGCACCUACACGUAUAUCUCCAGAUAGCAGGUGGCGCCGAUCACCGCUCCUUUUGUUGGAGGAGCCCCAAGGCUGAUCAUUGGCUGAUGGGUGCGUCCAUCAUGGAAAGGAGCCCUUCACUUCUUCUCCUUCCUCCUCGUCAUCUCUCUGUCCACCCCCACCCCACCAUUACCUCUUCACCAAAUUUUGACACUUUUAAGCCCCUUGCCAUUGCCUGCCAGUCAGUCACCUUGCACACACAUACGCACGCACACAGAUUUGAAAAGAUAUGGAUUCUGUAUAACAGUCUAUACACUCUCCUGAGAAGUUCUACUAAUUUAUGUUCUGUAAAGUACACUAAUGGCAGUAUUAACAAACUUUACUGUAUAAGUCAAGUAGCCCCCUCCCUCCCCCCUUACACCCAUUCAGUGCAGCUUCUGCUCUUCAGUUUUAAGUCACCAGUCAAAACAUAUCUACACAGAUAUGUGAACACUGAAUCGUUUAAAUAUAUAUAUAUUAAUAUAUUUGGGAAAAAAUACAGGGACAUACACACCACACACACAGACACACACACAGACACACACAUAGUGGCACAGUUGGACAGAGGAUGACCUCGGAGCUGGGAUGUGGGAGAAAAAGACUCUUUACUCGGCUCUAAGAAAGGAAGGAAGGAUGGGAGGCCGAGGGAGAGAGAAAAAGAGAGAAAUGUGUUGGGAGCAACUCGCACCCUUCCCUACUCCCUCUCAUUCCUCCCUGUCUCUCCCCUUUCUCUCUCUUGCACCCCCCCCACCUCGCUCCUUUCCUCCCCUGGGGAUGCACACUCGCUUGGAACAUGGGGAUACACGCACUCAAGUUUGCAUCGCGUGCGUGUUUGUGUAUGUGGACUUAUGCCGGAACAGAGCUGAAGCGACAGACAGACGUGCAUGUGAGGUUGCCUUGGAUACAGCGUCCUGGCACACCUCUGCUCUUUUUUUUUCUCUUACUUUCUUACUGUUUUUUAUUACUAUUAUUUUCUAAUUUUAUUUGAUGAAUAAUUUGGUUCUUAGUACAAAAAUCAAGUGUAGAUCUCUUUCUCCCUCCCUUUUUAUCUCUCAUUGUCUUCUCUCAUUCUCUUCUCUAACUGCUACUUCUUCUAUCCAUGUGUCCCUCUCACUCCAUGUUUGCCCACCCCCCCACCCCCAUCAUCUAUGUGCUUGCUUUGGUUAUGAGAGAAGCUGGAACUCAAGAGCUCAAAAUUUAGCUGUAAACGGAGUUGUCUUGUCAAAAAUUGUGUUGUAUAUUAAAAAUGAUUUUUUAAAGAAGAAAAUGACCUUAUUGUGAAUAAAGUACUUGACAGUGGUGGAGUGUUGAGCCAACUAUAACAUGAAUGACUGUCUAAUUGUCUGUCUGUUUUUGUCGGCGUGUGUAUGAAUGUGUUGAUGUGUUCGCAUGUAACAUGCUGCAAAUAUACAUUCAGAUAGAUAGGAGAUGCCAAAUACUCUAGCUCUCUGCCACGGUCUACUAUGCUGUGGCAGGCCUCAGAACA